CUUAGAUAAAUAAAAACAAGCAGAUUUAACUGGUAAUAAUAAUGGUUUCUAUUUGGAGAGGCUUUAUUAUUUUACCUCUCCUUUUUGUCUAUGGAAACUGUCAAGGCUUGCUGUUUCCUAAUCUAUUCCAUCACUUCGGCAACCCCAUGACGGGAUUCGAGGCCCCGCGGUUCGACGGACCUGCGACCUUGGUGGCCGAUGAUAGCGGAUCUUCUGCCGCCGGCGACGACGUUGACAGUGCAAAGCAGAACGGCGGGAGUUCACAGACAUUGUUGGUUGAGGGUCUUGAACGUGUUGUGGAGGCUCAAACUACGUUCAAGGGAAGUUGGGAAUUGUUCGUCGAAAACUCCGGCGUUUCCGCCAUGCACUUGGUGUUGCUCCCGAAGAUCGAUCAGGCUCUGAUUUUCGACGCCACGGUUUGGAAGAAAUCGAAGCUGAAGUUGCCGGGACCGCCGUGCCGGAAAGUCGAGGGAACCAAUGAAGAAGAUUGCUGGUGCCAUUCGAUUCUCUUGGACGUCGAGACAGGAAAUAUUAAGCCACUCAGGAUUGAACAUGAUACAUGGUGUUCAUCUGGUGCCCUUGAUGUGAAUGGCCGAUUAAUAAGUACCGGUGGUUUUGGCAAUGGGUCCGACACCGUCAGAAUCCUCGACAUAGCUCCCAAUUCUGAUUGGAUUGAAUAUCCUGGUGCACUUGGAAAUGGAAGAUGGUAUGCCACACAAGUGACCUUAGCCGACGGGCAAUUCAUGGUGUUCGGUGGCCGGGGAGCUCCGACGUACGAAUUCGUUCCAUCACAAGGACAGAAAAAUACCCGUAAUGAAGUCUUCGAUUUUAAAUUCCUUGUGGAAACCCAUGAUCCUCCAAAGAUCGAGAACAAUUUGUACCCAUUCGUUUACCUUUCAACCGACGGCAACCUCUUCAUCUUCGCCAACAACCGCUCGGUUCUCCUCAACCCGAACAACCGACAAAUCGUCCACGAGUUCCCAGUUCUCCCCAACGGCGCCCGCAACUAUCCGGCUUCGGGUAGCUCUUGUCUCCUCCCAAUCAUACUUAACCCCAACGAAAACCGCCGAGUGAUUCCGGCGGAGGUUUUGGUAUGCGGAGGAACGGCGCACGACGCGUACCCAAAGGCCGAAGACAUGCGGCCCAAGGUGUUCGUUCCGGGGAACACCGAUUGUGCCCGCAUGGAUAUCACCAAGAGAAACGGCAAAUGGAAGAUCAAUAACAUGCCGUCGGCUCGUUUAGUGGGAGACGCGGUGGUGCUCCCUACCGGAGAUGUUCUUCUAGUCAACGGUGCAAAAACCGGUGCAGCCGGUUUUGAUAAUGCCAGGGAGCCGAAUUUGAACCCGGUUUUGUAUAAGUUCAAAAGUGACGGAACCGGUUCGAAGUUCACCGUUAUGAACCCGUCGAACAUUCCCCGUAUGUACCACUCAUCGUUCGCCGUUCUUCCCGACGGUAAAAUCAUGAUCGCCGGAAGCAACACGAACCCAGGAUACAUGGACAACGUACUGUUCCCCACUGAAGUUCGGGUGGAAAAAUUCUCGCCCCAUUACUUGGAUCCGAACUUGGCCCAGUUCAGGCAAGAGAUCGUGGUCGAACAGUCCGAUAACAAGGUGAAGUACGGACAGAAAUUCACGGUGCAGAUUCGUUUAGGUGGUGCGAUUAACGAGACAAAGCUGCAAGUGACGAUUUACUCACCGCCGUUUACGACGCACGGGGUGGCAAUGAACCAGAGGCUGGUUCAGUUGGGUAUUCUGGAAUUCAACAAUGGCAAAUUAGUUCUUCAAGCUCCCAUGAAUGGAAACAUUGCUCCUCCUGGGUAUUACAUGCUCUUCGUUAACUACAACGGAGUGCCUUGCCGCCGUUCCAUGUGGAUUCAGAUUAUGCCCUAGAGAUCAAUCGUCGUA